AUGCCAUCAAUUUCGGGCAAGAUCAAGAAGUGUGGGGAGAGGCUGGUAGAAUGGAGUAAACACUCGGUUGGAAAUAUAAGGAAACUGUUGGAGGAAAAAACCAAAGAGUUGAUUAAGGCUGAGUUAGUAGCAGCCAGUGGGGUAGAAAGCAAUAUGGUGCGUGUGAUUCAGGCGGAGGUUAAUGAGUUGCUUGAGAGGGAAUGUCUGAUGUGGCAACAAAGAGCUAGGAAUCUAUUCCUUAAGUCCGGGGAUCGUAACACGCGUUACUUUCAUCAAAAGGUUUCUCAUAGGUACAAGAGGAAUAAGAUUCUUGGUCUCAAGAACAAUAAUGGGGCUUGGUGUACUUCUGAUCAGCAGAUAAAGGAGAUUGCAGUUAGCUUCUAUGAGAGGUUGCUUACCUCUUCUCAUCCUUCAGCCAUGGAUGCUGUUUUAGAGGCCAUUGAACCUAAGGUGACGGACAGUAUGAACCAGGAGCUUCUCAGGGGUUUUACUAGAGAGGAAAUUGAUUUAGCUCUCAAAAAUAUGGAGCCACUAAAAGCCCCAGGCCCGGAUGGUAUGCCUCCUAUCUUCUUUCAAUCCUUUUGGUCUGUGAUUGGCGAUAAGGUUUCCUAUGCUAUUCUUGAUUGCCUUAAUAAUUGUCAUAUUCCACCUGACUUAAACCACACUUUUGUUACACUUAUCCCUAAAGUUAAAUGCCCUGAACUCAUUUUAGAAUUUAGACCCAUUAGUUUGUGUAAUGUUGUUUACAAAUUAAUGUCAAAAGUUCUAGCUAAUCGUUUGAAGAAGCUGUUGCCUUUAUUAGUGUCAGAGAAUCAGAGUGCUUUUCAGGAAGGAAAGAUGAUCACUGAUAAUAUCUUGAUGGCUUUUGAAACUUGUCAUUACAUGAAGCAUCAUCAAUCAGGGAAGACAGGUACCAUUCAUCCUAGUAGAGGUAUUAGACAAGGGGAUCCUCUCACUCCUUAUCUGUUUCUCCUCUGCACUGAAGGCCUUCAUAGGGCUACUAAUCAAGAGUGCCAGGCUAUCCAACAGAUCCUUGUGGCUUAUGAGGAAGCUUUUGGGCAACAGCUAAACAGAUCAAAAACUACUCUAUUUUUUAGUAAAAAUGUCCCUCAGGCGAUGCAAGAGGAUAUUAUUACAAUGCUGGGUGUGUCGGAGGUCAAGCAGUAUGAGAGGGGUGGUAUGGGUUUCCGUGAGUUGGAGAAGUUCAAUGUUGCUUUGUUGGCUAAACAAGUAUGGAGAUUGGCUUCCGACCAUGAUUCACUAUAUUCUAGAUUUUUCAAAGCCAAAUAUUAUCCAAACGGGUCAAUCUUUGAUGUUAGGGAGAAUGUGGGUUCUUAUGCAUGGAAAAGCAUCCUUAAGGGGCGUGAUGUUAUUAGAAGGGGUAUGAAGUGGAGGAUUGGAGAUGGUUCUUUAGUCCGGAUCUAUCAAGACAAAUGGCUUCCAGGUUGUGACCAUGGUGGCAUCACCUCUCCUAUAGUGGAUAUUGCCCCGGAUGCCACGGUCUACAUUCUUAUUGACCAUGAGCUAUGCAAUGGAGAGGGGAUGAGAGAUGGGGUUUACUCGGUGAAGUCGGGGUAUAAAUUGCUUAUGGAGUUGGAUGAAGUCAACGAGCCAGCAGUUAAUGUGACCUUUGUAAAUGAGUUGAAGAGUACGUGGAAUGCCAUUUGGAAGCUACAAGUUCCAAUUUCCAAAUAG